CUUUGGUUGGGAAAUCAUGGGAUACGUUUAACGUCGUCCAACUCUGCUGACCUCGGAACUCGUAUACGAUGUCUUCUGUGGAGAAAAAAUGCGACAAACGCGAGCCUUUUUACCUGAGCCCGUGUCCGAAAAGCAAGACGAGCGCCGAGAUUAUAAACGAAGCGCGGAGGUCCCUCAGGGUGGUCAGCACCCGCAGGCCCUUCACGCCAAAGGACGACCAGAGGCACCUGUUCGGACAGUCAUCGUCUCGCACCGCUGAUGGCAGACCUCCAUCAGCUUUCAGCCUCUAUGCUCGUCAUUUUGAAGAACCAGACUCCAGGCCUGGCUCAGGGAAACGGCUUUCCCCCCUGGAACAUAAGCCCAAACUGCCCGUGGCUCCAGACGACGACCCGGACGCCCCGCCAAGCCUCCCAAGGCCUCCCCCGGACCCCCUGCAGCACAGGAGGGGCAGUGGCUCCCGGCCCCGCCCGCUGAAAUCUGCCCCGCCGACGGGACGUCCCCCGGCCCGCCCGUCAGAGGACCACAUGAAGAGGCGGGCCUCGGACUGUGCCGAGCUGUGCCGCCCGGCUCCGUGUGGCGACGGGAACGCCCCGCUGAAGGGGAGGAGCCUAACACGGGCCCAAUCGCAGGGGGACUGCGAGACCUCUGGACCGCUCAGGCUCGUGGGGGAGAGGUUAUCCAGUAGAACAUCAUGCCCUGCCACUGCUGAGUCUCCUGCAAAAUCAUCAGUUCCAGCACAAGGAGCAACAGAUUUGGGCGGAGGAGAAGUGAAAGACCCGUUGGAGGAGAGUGUGUUCUGGGAGACGCAAAUAGCCCCCCUCCUACAGCAACUCGAGUCUGACCCACAGGACGGCGCGGCGGGCGUGGAGCGGCUCUGCGGGGCCUGCCGGAGGCUGCACUGCAUGCUGGGACAGGCCGACCUCCUGGGGCGGAGGUGCGGGAGACGGGGCGUCCUGCUGAGGGCGCUGUUCCGGCUGAUCGACGUGGGCUCCGCCCGGCUCACCCUGGAGCUGGCCGAGCUCAUCCUGGCGCUCAGCGUCAGCGGGAACAAUCUGCUCAAUAUCUGCAAACUGGUCUUUAAGAUCAGCCGCAGCGAAAACAAUGACACGCUCUUCCAAAAUAACUCCAUCGUUGACUCCCUGGUCUGCGUGCUGCGCUCGGAGGACGUCCUGCCCGCGGCCGAGGCGGCCCUCUACUGCAUGGGAACGCUGAAGUUCCUGUCGGGAAACCGGGCUCUGCUCCGAGCGCUGGUCGCCGCGGGCUGCGUCCCUGCCCUGCUGCGAUUGGCCGGCGGGCUCACGCGCGACGCCCCGCCCGGCCACGCCCACUUCACCGUCUCCGGGCACAUCCUGGUGCAGCUCACCGCCACCCUCAGGAACUUGGUGGACCUUCCCGAGGCCCGCCCCCCGUUCCUGUCCAAUCAGGGCUUCCCGGCGCUGUGCGCCGUCCUGCGGCAUCACCACGGCGACAAGGACGUGUGCACCAACGCGGCCCGGAUACUCAGCAAGCUGUCCUCCUACAGUGAGUGCUGCACUGCCCUGGCCAGCUUCCCUGGGUGCUACGGUGUAUUUAUAGAGCUGCUGAGAAAACAUCAGAAAAAGCAGGACCUGGUGCUGCGCCUCGUCUUCACGCUGGGGAACCUGACGGCCAAGAACGCGGACGCUCGCGAGCGGUUAUGGGCGGAGCCGGGGGCCCUGGACACGCUGCUGGGGCUCUUCCUGUCGUACCGGGGCCCCGACGCCCCCCCGCAGGGCCCCGGGGACCCCCCCCGGCCCUCGGAGAGGGAGGACGUUCUCAUCAAGCUGAUCCGGGUCCUGGCCAACCUGUCCAUCCACCCGGCCGCGGGCACAGCCCUGGCGGCUGACGGGCAGUGCGUGGAGCUCCUACUGAGCGUGCUCGAGCUCAGGGCGGUGGAGGACUGUGAGGAGCUGGUGAUCAACGCCGCCGCCGCCGUCAACAACCUGUCCUUCUACCGAGAGGAGGGCUCGUCCGUCAGGGCCCGGGAGCUGGCCGUCGCUCAGCUGAUGCUGCAGCUCCUCCUGAGCCGCAGCAGGGCCGGGAUGCUGGAGGCCACACGCGUGUUUGGGAACCUCUCACAGUCCCGGACGGUGCGGGACUUCAUCCUCCAGCACAAAGUCCACCAGUUUCUGGUGACCCUCCUGGACUCGAAGAGCCCGGACGUGUGUUUCUCCGCGUGCGGCGUGCUGGUGAACCUCACCGCAGACCGAGACAAGAGGGCGCCGCUGCGGGAGGAGGGUCUGAUCCAGAAGCUGCUGGAGUGCCUGCGGGACCUGGGUCCAGAGGACUGGCAGCUGGCCGGCCUGCUCUGCCAGACCCUGUGGAACAGCACUGAGGACGGAGCGGCCCUGUGCUACAACGAGCAGGAGACCGCCAGCCUGCUCCACCUCCUCACCCUGUACCUAGACGAAGACGUGAUUCACCAGUGGCACGCGGGCGAGGAUGUGCGAGAGGUGCAGCGAGCAUGCUGGGAGUUGGAGUUUUUACCCGUGGCCCAGAGGCUGAGGAGCAGAAUCCAGAGCCUGCAGGAGCCCCUCGGUGGCCCCUGUUAGCAGCCGACCCCCCCCCCACGGCUCUGCCUCCGCAAUGUUAUCUACGCCCUCCCCCUAAUCAUGCACUUUAGUGCUCGUGUGAUGCCCUGCACAAUACUCACGCUCGGCUUCAGUCUACGUGAGAUCAUAUCCAGCAAAACAACGACUGU